UCCUUUUCUUUACAGCGAUCUAAAGCCAGAAAAUAUUCUAUUGGACGACAACUGCCAUGCUAAAAUUGCCGAUUUGGGCUUGUCGGAUUUCAAUGUCUCAGAACACAGAAGAAUUACAGGAUGUAACGGGACCCUCUCUUACAUGGCCCCAGAGGUUAUUCAAGGUGAUCCAUACUUUACCGUGGCUGAUUAUUUCUCACUGGGAAUAAUAGUAUACGAGAUGGCUUUAGUCAUACCCCCAUACUAUUCCCGCCAGAAGACCAAAAAGGAAUUGCUGACAACAAUUCUUACCAAGAAGGUUUAUUAUCCGCUGGAAUUCAACCGUCAUCUCCGUGACCUCAUAGAGAAGCUCUUACAUUUAGACCAAGAAAAACGAAAAGACCUAGUAAAGGACCUCAGAGGGCACCCGUUCUUCAAGAAAAUCAACUGGGCCAAGUUAGAGAAAAGACCAUCACCCCCGGAAAUUCUAUUUGGAUCUGUAAGUAUUUGAAUAAGGGAGGCAUCCAAUCACAUUGGAGGGGGGAGGGGAGAUUUUCACCGGCAGGCACGUCUUCAUCAUCUAAAAUAGAAUUUUCAUAUUUGUCUAUGAUUUUUGUGGUUGCUCUACAAUGGUCUGGAAUCUUGUCCAAGUGAAUUCUGUUUAUUACUGGGGAUGACUAUUGUGUGUCGGGUGCAUAGCGCGUAGGCCUGCUUAUAGCGUAUCCAA